CUCUCUCUCUCUCUAGCUCUUCUCCUGCACAAACUGCAACGCACACCACUGACCACACCAACAACUGACAAACGGAACUAGAGAGAGAGAAAAGAGAGUAUAGAGAGAGAAAAGAGAACCAUUAAAUGCAAAGCUCAACCACCACUGUAAGGACGCUAAGUAGUUGUAUAUAUUCAAGUCAAUAAACUCCCAACUACAAUUGCAGCCUCAAGAGUCUUCUCAUCUUCAUUAUCUAUCUUCCUUAUACCACUCAAAUCAAAUCAGAGAUUUCUAGGAUUUGAGCUUCUUCUUCUCCAUAAUGUGGAACUCUGCCGAGAACCUCUCCGCGAGGUCGGCGUCGUUCAGAGAAGACGGCGACGACGAGGAGGCUCUCCGGUGGGCCGCACUCGAGAGACUGCCGACUUACGCUCGAGUCCGGAAGGGCAUUUUCAAGAACAUUGUUGGAGAUAAGAAAGAGAUCGAUGUUGAUAAACUCGAAGUUCAGGAUCUAAAGGUCGUGCUGGAUCGGCUCGUCAACUCCAUCGAUGAUGAUGUGGAGAGGUUCUUUGAACGGAUGCGAAGGCGAUUCCAAGCAGUAGAUCUGGAAUUCCCCAAGAUUGAGGUUAGAUUUCAGAAUCUGAAAGUUGAGGCAUUUGUUCAUGUUGGAAGCAGAGCAUUGCCAACUAUUUCCAAUUUCAUAUUCAACAUGACUGAGGCUUUAUUAAGGCAAUUGCGGAUAUACCGGGGGGAGAGAAAGAAGUUGUCAAUUUUAGAUGAUGUUAGCGGGGUAAUCAGACCUUCCAGAUUGACACUGCUCUUGGGUCCUCCUAGCUCUGGAAAGACAACAUUGCUGUUGGCCCUCGCUGGACGCCUUGGACAUGAUUUGCAAACGUCAGGGAAGAUUACUUACAAUGGACACAGUUUAAAUGAGUUUGUUCCUCAGAGGACAUCUGCUUAUGUCAGUCAACAAGAUUGGCAUGUGGCAGAGAUGACUGUAAGGGAAACUAUCGACUUCUCGGCCCGUUGUCAGGGUGUUGGAUAUAAAUAUGAUAUGCUUUUGGAACUUUUAAGAAGAGAAAAGAUUGCUGGAAAAAAACCUGACGAAGAUCUUGAUAUAUUUAUGAAGGCAUUAGCUUUAGGGGGCCAGGAGACAAGCCUUGUGGUGGAGUACAUUUUGAAGAUUUUAGGUUUGGACAUUUGUGCUGACACGCUCGUGGGGGAUGAGAUGCUAAAGGGAAUCUCUGGUGGGCAAAAGAAGCGGCUUACUACAGGUGAACUAUUAGUAGGUCCAUCUAGAGUUCUAUUCAUGGAUGAAAUAUCAACUGGGCUUGAUAGUUCAACUACUUAUCAGAUCAUCAAGUAUCUUAGGCAUUCAACCCGUGCACUUGAUGCAACUACAGUCAUUUCCCUGCUUCAACCUGCUCCAGAGACUUAUGAGUUGUUUGAUGAUAUUAUACUCUUGUGUGAGGGCCAUAUUGUUUACCAGGGACCUCGCGAUGCGGCUCUUGAUUUCUUUGCAUUUAUGGGAUUUAAUUGUCCACAGCGGAAGAAUGUGGCAGACUUCCUGCAAGAAAUUAUGUCAAAGAAGGACCAGGAACAGUAUUGGGCUGUUCCUGACCGCCCUUACCGAUACAUACCUGUGGUGAGCUUUGCUGAAGCUUUUUGUUCAUAUCAAGCUGGGAAGAAUUUGUCUGAGGAACUGGAUAUUCCAUUUGAUAGACGUUAUAAUCAUCCGGCAGCCUUGUCAACUUCUCAGUAUGGUGUUAAGAAGAGUGAGCUUCUCAAGACUAGCUUUAAUUGGCAGUUGCUACUGAUGAAACGGAAUUCCUUUAUCUAUGUUUUCAAAUUCAUUCAGCUCGUCAUUGUUUCUUUGAUCACGAUGAGUGUUUUUUUCCGAACAACACUGCGUCAUAAUACAAUUGAUGAUGGAGGUCUUUAUCUCGGGUCACUGUACUUUGCCAUGGUUAUUAUUCUUUUCAAUGGCUUUACAGAGGUUUCAAUGUUGGUGGCGAAGCUUCCGGUGAUUUACAAGCACAGAGACUUGCAUUUCUACCCAUGCUGGGUUUAUACACUUCCUUCUUGGGCAUUAAGUAUUCCAACUUCGCUCAUAGAGUCUGGUAUCUGGGUAGCUCUUACAUAUUAUGUGAUUGGAUAUGAUCCAAAUAUUAUCAGAUUCUUUCGGCAGUUUCUGUUAUUUUUCUUUCUUCACCAAAUGUCUCUAGCUCUUUUCCGUCUGAUGGGUUCCUUGGGUCGAAAUAUGAUAGUCGCUAAUACCUUUGGAUCUUUUGCCAUGUUGGUUGUCAUGGGGCUUGGAGGAUAUGUCGUUUCAAGAGCUAGUAUCCCAAAGUGGUGGAUCUGGGGUUUCUGGGUUUCUCCUUUAAUGUAUGCUCAAAAUGCAGCUUCUGUGAAUGAAUUUCUUGGGCAUUCUUGGAAUAAGAGAGCUGGAAAUAACACUAACUUGUCAUUAGGUGAGGCAUUAAUGAAGGAGCGCAGUUUGUUUCCACAGAGUUAUUGGUAUUGGAUUGGCCUAGGUGCUUUGCUUGGAUAUACAGUUUUAUUCAACAUCCUUUUCACAUUCUGCCUAACUUAUCUCAAUCCACUGGGAAAGCACCAAGCUGUUGUUUGUAAGGAAGAUCUCCAAGAGAGAGACGGUAGAAAAAAAGGUGAAACCGUUGUUAUUCAGCUAAGAGAGUUCUUGCAGCAUUCAGCAUCAGUAACAGCAAAAAUGUUUAAGCAGAGAGGCAUGGUUCUUCCAUUUCAACCACUUUCCAUGUCUUUCAGCAAUAUCAAUUACUACGUGGAUGUGCCAUUGGAAUUGAAGCAGCAAGGAAUAUUAGAAGACAGAUUGCAGUUGUUAGUUAACAUUACUGGAGCAUUCAGGCCUGGUGUGCUUACUGCAUUGGUUGGAGUAAGUGGUGCUGGAAAAACCACCCUCAUGGAUGUGUUAGCUGGUAGAAAAACUGGUGGAGUAAUAGAAGGAAGCAUACAUGUAUCUGGUUACCCUAAAAACCAAGAAACUUUUGCCAGAAUAUCUGGAUACUGUGAACAGAAUGAUAUUCAUUCCCCUUGCUUGACUGUUCUUGAAUCACUUCUGUUCUCUGCUUGGCUCCGGUUACCACAAGAUGUUGACCUAGAAACACAGAAGGCUUUUGUUGAGGAGGUGAUGGAACUUGUGGAGCUCACUCCACUAAGUGGUGCACUAGUUGGUCUACCUGGUGUUGAUGGUUUGUCAACAGAGCAAAGAAAACGGUUGACUAUUGCUGUUGAACUUGUUGCCAACCCUUCAAUAGUUUUCAUGGAUGAACCCACAUCAGGAUUGGAUGCAAGGGCUGCAGCCAUUGUGAUGAGGACUGUGAGGAAUAUUGUAAAUACUGGGAGAACAAUUGUCUGCACAAUCCAUCAGCCCAGCAUCGACAUUUUUGAAUCGUUCGAUGAGCUCUUAUUUAUGAAGCGCGGAGGAGAGGUCAUUUAUGCAGGUCUAUUGGGCCCCAAGUCUUGCAAUCUCGUUGAGUAUUUUGAGGCAGUAGAAGGAGUGCCAAAAAUCAGAUCUGGAUACAAUCCUGCUGCAUGGAUGUUAGAUGUUACUUCAUCAGCAGAAGAAAACCGUCUUGGUGUUGAUUUUGCAGAAAUAUACCGAAGAUCAAAUCUCUCUCGGCGUAACAGACAGUUGGUUGAACGUUUAAGCAAACCAAGCAUUGACUCAAAAGAUUUGAACUUUCCAACCAAGUACUCUCAGUCAUUUUUUGAUCAGUUUCUGGCCUGUCUUUGGAAACAAAAUCUGUCUUAUUGGCGCAACCCGCAAUAUACUGCAGUUCGUUUCUUCUACACUGUCAUCAUCUCAUUGAUGCUUGGAACAAUAUGUUGGAGAUUUGGUUCUAAAAGGGAGACCCAGCAGGACAUAUUUAAUGCCAUGGGAUCCAUGUAUGUGGCAGUCCUAUUCAUUGGAGUUACCAAUGGCACCGCUGUUCAGCCUGUUGUUUCUGUUGAAAGAUUCGUUUCAUACAGAGAGAGAGCUGCAGGGAUGUAUUCAGCUUUGCCAUUUGCAUUUGCUCAAGUUGCUAUCGAGUUUCCUUACGUAUUUGGACAGUCACUUAUAUACUGCUCCAUAUUUUACUCCAUGGCGUCAUUUGAGUGGACCGUGCUGAAAUUUAUUUGGUACAUAUUCUUUAUGUAUUUCACUAUGCUAUACUUCACCUUUUAUGGAAUGAUGACAACCGCCAUUACGCCCAAUCAUAAUGUGGCUGCCGUUAUUGCUGCUCCCUUUUAUAUGCUUUGGAACCUCUUCAGUGGAUUCAUGAUCCCUCACAAGAGGAUCCCCAUAUGGUGGAGAUGGUAUUACUGGGCAAAUCCCGUAGCUUGGAGUCUUUAUGGCCUCCUGGCUUCGCAAUAUGGUGAUGUGGAUGAAGUUGUGAAGUUAUCAGAUGGAGUUCAAACAGUAGCAAUAAGGGUUUUGGUGAGGAAUGUAUUUGGGUUCAGGCAUGAUUUCCUUGGUAUCUGUGGUAUCAUGGUGGUUGGUUUUUGCAUGAUGUUUGGGGUGAUUUUUGCUUAUGCAAUAAAAUCCUUUAACUUCCAAAAAAGAUGAUAGGAGGAUGCAGUGUGGUGGUGCUAAGACUAUGAUUUGUGUUCAGGGUGGGGUUUGUUCCAUGACAGGUAUAAGACUAUUAUUAAAUCAGGUUCUCAUUAGAGAAUUUUGAAUUGUUAAAUAUGUAGGGAGCCAAAUUGAUUUUUUUUAUAUCUACACAAAGAUGAUAGCUUGCUGUAAUCUUAAUUUUGUGCAAAAACAAUAAUGAUCGAUGUUGCAUUUUCAAUAACUAAGUGUUGAAUAUUGUAAAGUCAUAUUUAUAAUAAUUAAGCAUACUAUAGUUGAGUUUUUUUUAGUAA